AUGAAUCGCCGUUUCGUCAAUCUGCUGGUCAAUAGGUUGUGCGCCCCUCGACCCGCUUACAGGCUGCACUGCAUCGACCCCGCAACCUUGUUUUACCCUACCGGAUCGCCACAGCCAGCAGAUCCAGCUGCCAUAAACGACAGCGCUCCAGCUCCUGGGAGGUUGCCUGCGCCCACCAUAUCCUUCGACUGGCCCUGCAAGCCGCACCAAUCCGGCUGGAUGGAUUUCAUGGCCUUCAAGAACAACAUCAUUGCCGUCGACCACGAGGGCCGCACGCUCCUCUACGACACCGCCUCCAGGGCAGUCCGGGCCAUGCCUCAGACGAAGAAGCCUAAUUCGAGGACAAUAUCCUUCACCGUUGGCGAUGGCCUCUAUGUGAUGGCUAGAGAGAAUGGCUCCCCGCCCCAUUCGCACUAUUUCCAGGCUCUUAUCUACGGCCGCCCGCCUGGCUUCCUCCACCCGGAGGACUGGCACUGGCGCCCUCUACAGCAGCCUGACUUCGAUUUUCCUGACAACGGCGACGUCCCGAGCAACCACAAGCCAGGAGAGGCGGUGAACCCCUAUGGGUUCAGUGCCUUCACGGUGUAUGAUGAUUCGCAGAUCUGGAUGUCCACUGUGGCAGCGGGCAUAUACUCCUACAACACGGUGAGUGGCACCUGGAGCAAGGUACAUGUUUCUGCGCUGCCGUUCAGAGGCCGGGCUGAGUACGUCCCUGAACAUGGCCUCUGGUUUGGCUUUUCACGUGAAGACGAGCAGCUCUGUGCAUCUGACCUCGCUCAGGCACGGCCGGUGCUGCAGAAGGUGUGGGAAGAACCAGCUCCGCCUGAGCGGUGUUCCCUGAUGGCGUCUCACAUCCUGCCGUUGGGCUCCGGCAAGUUGUGUGUGGCGAGGCUGUUCCAGAAAACAGAGCGGGGGACGCUUCACCCUUCAGGCUACACCAAAGCGGAGCACUUCGCAGUACUGUCUGGUGUCGAGGUUUUCAGAGCUGGCAACACAGGUAGCCUCGAGACGAUCAAGCACAAGUCCAAACGUUACAGCUUCGGCAAUGAUGAGGUCAAACUGAUCUGA